GUGGAGAGCACAAAACGGAAAGGACAGGCGGCCGCGCUGAAAGCAGAGCCAAACGAUGUCGAAGGAGGAUCAGCCAUCAAGCUUGAGAUCGCAAUCCUUCGAGCCAUGACCGAAUCUGGAGAUAAACCACACAUUCCAAGCGUAUUCCAUGCUGCCAAGCACAAGAAGUACUGCUAUAUGGUCAUGACGCUCCUGGGAGAGAAUCUGAAGUCUCUGAAGCUUAACUGCCCUAAAGAACUGAUGUCUCCUGGAACAUGGAGCCGUAUCGCGGUACAGUGCUUGUACAGCGUGAAACUUGUGCACGACUAUGGCUACGUCCAUCGCGACAUCAAGCCGAAUAAUUUCGUGAUGGGACACCGAGAUGAUCUUGAAAGGGCUCGCAUUGUUCACAUACUCGAUUUCGGACUCGCACGAUCGUAUGCUGCUUUUAAAAAUGGAAAAUGGGUUGCAAGAAGAGCAAGGGGCUCAGCAGAAUUUCGAGGCACCCUUCGCUAUUGCUCACCAAAUGUUCAUGAGAAAAAGGAACAGGGCCGUCGCGAUGACUUGUGGUCACUUUUCUACGUACUCAUUGAGUUACACUGCGGACUCCCAUGGCAGACCAUUCGCGAUAAGGCCAAGGUGGAGACUAUGAAAAUGAAUAUCUCCGAUAAGCAUUUAGUUCAAAAUUUUCCU